CCUCUCGACCCACUACGGAGAGGCACUAGAAGGUUAUUCUGUGUAUCCCACAGCCAUGGACAGGUUUACUAUGCAACACCGAACAACAGGCUGGUCACAUGACUGAACGAUAUCGAUCAGUUCCACACGCAACGAUGGCUGCUUCCUACUGUCAAGGUACAAUCCGAGGGACGGACCCCGCCUCCUUCAACUCCGAGGAUGCAGCUAGCCGCCUCCGUAAGGCCAUGAAGGGACUGGGCACGGACGAGCACCAGAUCAUCCGGGUUCUCACGGAACACAAUAACGCCCAGCGGCAGGAGAUCAAAGACAAGUUCAAGACAUGUUUCGGCAGGGAUCUGAUUGAGGACCUGAAGUCGGAGUUGGCGGGUCACUUCGAGUCACUCUGCCUCUAUCUGUUGAUGCCGGCAAGGUACUUCGAUGCGUUCUGUCUGAAGAACGCCAUGAAGAGACUCGGCACCAAGGAGUCUCACCUGAUCGACAUCCUGGUGUCCAGGUCCAACAUGGAGAUCCAGGACAUCAAGGCUGUCUACAAAGAGUUGUUCAAGUCCGACCUGGAAGACGACAUCAAGUCGGAGGUGUCAGGUGACUUCCAGCGCGUGCUGGUGGGUCUCGUGCAAGGCGGGAGAUCGGAGGAGCAGGCGGUGGAUGACGAGGCAGCCAAGGCCGACAUGAGGGAGGUGUAUAACGGGGGCGAGGGGCUGCGUUUCUCCACGGACGAGGAUGUCUUCAACAAGGUGCUGGUGACACGCAGCAUCCCUCAUCUCAGGAAGGUCUUCGAGCUCUACAAGGAGUACGCCAGCAAGGAUAUAGAGGGCGCCAUCAUCGGCGAGAUGAGCGGCGAUACACAGAAAGCUUUCCUGGCAAUAGUGCAUUACGUGAAGGACCCCUUGAAGUUCUUCGCCAAAUGUCUGUUUGACAGUAUGGACGGGGCGGGGACGGAUGACGAGCGUCUGAUGCAGCUGGUUGUGUCCCACUCUGAGGUGGAUCUUCAGGAUGUGGCGGAGGUCUAUCAGAAGGAGUACAAGGCCACCCUGGUGGAACACAUCAAGAAGGACACUUCCGGCGACUACCGCAAGCUGCUGCUCCAACUCACACAGGGCGGGGGGACCAAUGGAGUGAAGGAGUCCAGUUGAAGUCAGCUUGCCGCAUUAUCCUGUUAUCACUUCUUGUGCAGACACAUGUUAAUGUUCUGUCGCAUUGGGCAGUGUUUGCCAGACAUAGGAUAUGGAAGGGGGAUUGUCUCAGGUCAUUCUGACCUGUCCCCAUGGUUACCGGUCACGUGGUGUUACGAAACAUAUCACACAUGUAUCACGUAGAAUACAGAAAUUAGUGACAUAACAUAAAUUUGCCUUGUACCAUGUUCCCGUUGUUUUCAGGUGAAUACUUACCUUGCCUUUGCAUGUGUUUGAUAUGCCACCUGUGGGGCAGGAUACACUCAUCUUUUCGCUAACGCUUGGUUGAGCAUCAUAUACCUACCAUGAAAUUACGUUUAUUAGAAGAAAUAGGGCUUGCAUUGUGACAUAUCACGACUAUGAAUUGUGAUCCGAGGAAGUCCCAUCCUUGGUCUGCUCAGACACUACUCAAUAUCCACUUAUUACUGUUGGUCAUUGUAUUGCAGCAAUUCUUCUUUACAUUAUUUACAUACAUUUUGAAGCUGUGAGAAUGUUCACAAAGCCAUUUCAAGCUAUUAGCCACUUCUACUCCAGCCUUAGGUUGAGAUUUCUGGUGUCCCUCGCCGUGAUAUUGCUGUAGUGUUGCUAAAAGUGGCGUAAAACCAUACUCACUCACUCACUCCCUUUGGCUGAGGACACCGCUCUUUCCAUGGUACCGCCGUGAUAUUGCUGGAAUAUUGCUAAAAGCGGCGUAAAACCAUACUCACUCACUCACUCCCUUUGGUUGCGGACACCGCUCUUUCCAUGGUCCCGCCGUUAUAUUGCUGGAAUAUUGCUAAAGGCGGUGUAAAACCAUACUCACUCACUCUUUCCAUUGUGUGAUGGAGUCAGAAUUUACUCUCACAAUUGACUUUAUGUCAAAUGUCAAAAGAUGUGAAGAACCUAAAUCAGAUGCAUACAACAUGUGACCAAGUCGGACCUAAUGGAAGCCUGGAUUGUUUAUCACUCUCUUCAAGAAGACAGCUUUACAUUUAUGUACUAGAUGUUGCAAUUCCAUGACCUUUUAAUGAUAUUGUAAUUCAUUGCACCCAGGUGAGCAAUGAUAUUGAUUACAAAAUAUUUCUUUCUGUUUUGUGUUGUACUUGUGGUAUAUACUUGAACAUUUUUGUUUAUUCAGUAUUACCGGUCCAUGUCAGUAUUCAGUGAGCACACUGUCCUCCCAUCAUGCAUCACAAGGGCACAUAACUCUAGCAAUAUGAACAGGAACAGGGCCCCUUGAAACGUAAAAUAACUUUCAAUCAAACUAUCAAAACAAAUAUACUUGUUUCAAGUACAUCACAAUAAACAGAUUUUUAUAAACGUAUGGUUAAAAAUUUAUUUUGAUAAACAUUCGAAAUAAUUAUUUAAUUCUUUGUUUUUUUCAAUACACACUCAAUGUGUUGCAACAGACAAGCUAUGGCUUUAUGCUUGUAAAACAAGCUGAAUUCAUUUAGAACUGCCUACAGGUAGUUCAAACUUGCGUGAUGUGGGAAGGGAGGUAACUCUUGGACUCGUCCUUGCUUCCAUUUCACUGGUCUGAACACUGACCUAUCACAACCAAAGGAUUGAAACAAUGGCCCUGACAAGUCAGAAGGUGUCCUCAACGAAUACUGAAUCGGAACAUUUGCAAUUAAAGAUGCAAUGUUAGGUGGCCCAUUUCUACGCAGUUUUUACAUGUUAUCUGCACGAUUUGUAGUUCAGAGCUCCCUUUUGUAUGUUUUCCUCACCAAAUUUUACUUGUUACUGUUCUGUUACAAAUAAAAUGUUUAUGUCACACAA